AUGUUUUCACGAUCAUCUGUAUUAUUUCUUCUUCUUCGAUCAGUGAUCUCGAUUGAUCCAUUUACGGCAAAUCUCGACUGUCUUCGGAUAAAUGUUGCUUUCUGUUGCACGUCAAGGAUCAGAUCAGCAUGUCCGGGUCUUUGCUCAAAUAUCGAUUGUAGUCCAUCCUUUUAUAGAGGCAUGUUUUCCACGGAUGAGGAUAUCCAAGAGGGAACUGUUUCUGUUGAUUCGUCCAUUCAGAGAAAAGAAGCACCAACAAUCGUUGUAACAUCAACAUCCAACCCUUUCCCUACAUUAGUUCCGGAGACAAAAAUUGCUCCAGUAACAGAAACAACUGUUAUUCCAAUUACCGAAAUUAUGGAAACAACUAAAACGGCGAAAACGACGGCAAUAACGGAGAUGGAGAAGGAGACGGCUGAAAUUGCGACAACCAUUGGGAUUUGGCAUUUGGGAGAGUUUGGAACUGAGGCCUCAACGAUCACGAUUCCCAUUGAAACAACCAGUUUGGUCACUGAUCUCCCGAUUACAAUGGAGUCUCGAGCUACCAGAGUACCUCGUAUCCGAGUGACACCGGAUCCUCGAAUUAUUCCUCCACCCGAUGAGCUUGCUUUUAUUUCGGAUAUUGAUGAAAACGAAUUAAACGAAGAUGGAAGUGAGAUUCAGCCGGCCACAUCCGAUUUUCUUCACCAUCACCGUUCCCAGCUACCAGAAAUUUGGAUGACCCAAUUUUCCUCUUCCACCGAAUUCCCAUCUGUUCCAGCUGCUUCACCGGCUAAUGAUCGCAUCUUUGCCUCUACAAUCUCAAAUGAACAGGUGUGUGGAGUGGGUCCUGAAUAUUCUCCAUGCAUUCCAUUAGAUGUGGCCUCAGCUCGUCUUCUGAGUUGUCUCCAAUCAAAGAAUCUCCCAAUUGGAUGUCAAAAAUUGGCCCGAUACGAUGUCACUCAAAAGGAGGUGAGAGGCGCUUUGGAUCGUGGUGCAUGUGGACUCCUCCAUAUCGCCCCAUUUCUUGAGUGUGCAAGUCAGAAAGGCGACAAUGUUGAGUGUUGCAAGACAAAGGGUGUACACACCAAAGGUGGUCAACAAUGUCUCUCUUUUUGUUCAUCAGGACCGAUCUCUCCGGGUAUUCAACACCUCAGUUGCUCAAGUGCAAUGCAAGAAAUGUUACAAUGUCAUCAUGCCGGUUUAAAGCCA